UGCAUAUUUUCACUGACCCACAACACACACACAACACAUAGGGAAACUCUCAAGCGAGGCCUGCCCCCCCACACACACUCAUGCCAGUCGCUGAGAGUGCUUUGUGCAUUCACUCGCUAACUGGGCAGCUACUGAGGAGAGAGAUGCUGGUGGGAGGAGGGAGGUCCAGACUGUGAGAGACAUAAGGUUCACAAACAGAAGCAAACCCAGGCAGCUAGAAAAAGACUUAGAGAUGAGGCUUCCAGUGGGACAGAAGGAGCUCAGUCAGUAAACACUUAACUGGGGGGAAAGACAGAGCAAGCAGCACAGGAAAGGGAAUACAGUAAUAGGAAGGGAAGCAGGGCUUGUCCAACAGAGAGGAAGAGAGAGAGAAUUGUUGUUAAAGAGGCUGGGGGGGGAGAUGGGAUGGCAUUGAUCUCUGGGAGCUGCCGGCUCUUGGGCCAGAUGGCGUCUUGUUGCUGCAGACCGCUGCUCAACUCUUCCUGCUGUGGACCGCUCAUCAAAGCCUGCCUCUCCUCCUUCACAGACAUCUCUCCUGCUGAGCUGGAUGCUCUGUGGAGGGAAUCACCGUACACUCUUGGGGGAACAAAUGAUCACUUCUCAGGGAACGACAUCAUGACUCAAGGUACUGGUGAGGAUGAGGAUGGUCCGGUGGUGGAGUCAGGUGAAGGAGGGGUGGAGUCAGACAGUUACUGGAAGAAGAAGGAAGCAUUCUUUAGAGGAAGCACUGUGUCUCUGGGAGAUAAAUUCUCCUCAGAAAUUGUGCUGUUGUUCACUGGACGGAGACGCUCCAGCGAGGAUCCUGACCGGACCCUACAGGAGGCUCUGCGCACGCGACUACGAGUGGUAGAGAGCAACAGCCAGGACGUCAUCCAGCUCUUUAAAGACUUGUCUGCACGUCUGGUGUCUGUCCACGCCGAGAAGGACAGUUUUGUGCUCACGUUCAAGACUGUGGAGGAAAUUUGGAAAUUUUCAACUUACCUGGCAUUAGGCUAUGUGGCUCGCUGCUUGGAGAACUUCUUGUGUGACCAGUCGUUCUGGCUGGACUCAGAGCUGCUCAGUGACCUGGAGAUUAAUGUAAGCGUGGAUGAAGAACAUCUGGCCACCCUCUACCUGGGACUGUUACUCCAGGAAGGAUCCUUCUUCGCUAAGGCACUGUUUACAAGAAGUGAGCAGGAUGAUGACGACGAAGAACAGCUGCCGUUCAAAAAGAAUGACCUGCUGAUGGUAAAGGACACGGGCCAGGACAACAUGCGGGAGGGCACCAUGCUCUCCACAGGAAACCAUGGCCUGGUGCCAGUCAAUGCCAUGCAGCCGCUGCCGUACCCCUUCUAUCAGUGGUUCCUGAGGAAGUACCCAGGCUGGGCUGGAUGCUCACCAGCAGAAAAGGAAUCAUUUGAACAUCCAUUUGUCACAGGUUCCUGUGUAGCAGUGGUUGACUACUGUCCACUGGGGCCAGAUGAGCUCCAACUGUGCCAAGGUGACAUUGUGGAGAUCCAAGGUCUGCUAGUCCAAGCUCUUGGCGUGUUCAUAGGAACACACACAUCCACCGGUCACACUGGAUUUAUACACAAGGCCCACGUCAAACCCCUGGACACCAUGCCACUAGAUGGACAGUUGGUCUUUCUUACUGAGGAGGAGCGAGCCAGCCUGGCUCAAGUUAACCCAUGUGACCCUGAGCCAAGUGACAGUGGCCUGCUGGAAAGACUCUUCUCAUCUGACAUCAGUUCUGUAUACAGGCUAGACAGGCUGGAUGAUUCAGAUUUCAUGUACAUCAGGAGUCAGCCCAAACAUGAUCAUAAGGUUUCUUCAAGCGCGCGUCAGAGUGUCAUAUCAGAGCGAAGUGGAGGAACACCCCCGUACCACUCCUCCCCACGCCACUCUGUGUCUGUCUCUUCUCCACGGCUGUCCAUUUAUCACUCCCAAAACCCUCUGCCACGCGACGGGGAGCAUCUGUCCUUCACGCUGGACGAGUUCCAGGAAGACCCACCUCUCUUCUUGGAGGAGAACAGCUGGGAGGGGGAGGAAUCCCAUCUCAGUGACCCCACACUGACCCUGCUCAACCAUGAACACUUCCAGGAGGACUUCCUGCCUCUGUGUGACCUGCAGUACUCCUUCCUGUGGUUGACCUUCAGUGGGAAGACUGAGGACGAGCUCUCAGGUCACCUCGAGAGUGUCAGGGAGUGUGCCAAGAGGACGGGCAUGCACUGGGCACAUCGACGGGCAUGUUUUCUCCUGGGAAGACUCUGUGCCCGGAAGCUAAAGCUCUCUCAGGCACGGGUGUACUAUGAGGAGGCUCUGAGCGUUUGUGUGGACAGUUUCUCCGACACCCCGCUCCUCAUCGCUCUCUACACCAACCUCACUGCCCUCUACUUGAAGCAGCGCAUGACUGACAAACUGCCCCAGACUCUGGAGAAGGCCAGUGCUCUGCUCCUCUGUCUCCCCAGCCACACCUUCACCUCCACAGACGAGGUCGAACUGCUGAAGCUGCUCCUGAGGAGAUCAGUGGUGAUGGGAGACAAAAGAUUGGAGGCUCGUGUCUGCUACCUCAUCUCCAGCCUCUUCCUGCUUCUCAAGAAGACUGACGACGCCCUUCCUUUUGUUGAGAGACUCCAGUUUCUCACUGUAACUCUCUCCGCUGCCGAGGGACGACCCAUAGCUCCGUUGGACCUCAACUGGCUCUUGAGCUGGCUCUAUCAUCGUAAAUACAUGCCUUACUUAGCACUGGCUUCUCUGAGUCUGAACUCAAGGCAAGACCACUCACUCCAUGAUGCCUUUCAGGGGAUUGAGUUGUUUAUCAGGAACUCUGUUCGCCUGAAUCCACGCUGGAAGGAAGGAACUUCCCUACUCCCUGCCCAGAUUGUGGUUUACCUUCAGCGAGCGUUGGCUACAGCUGAGCAGGGGGACGACAUGAAGACCCAAAGGGACUUGUGUUUGGGCUUGGCCUCAGUCUACCAGCAGUAUAAUGCAUUUGACAAAGCAGUGCUCUGUGUUCAACAAGCCGUAGAGAUGGGUGGCCACAUCAAUGAGGAGGAGGGCUUUGAGGCCUCUGUGCUGCUCGGGUGGUUGCUGGUGUUGACAGGACAAGCGGAGAGGGCCCAGAGUGUCCUAGAACCACUGCUCACAUCACUUCAGGGUUCAGACAGUCCCACACAGCGAGGAGUGAUCCACAACCUCUUGGCUUUGUGUCUGAGGCAACAGGGUCGCGUCCCAGAGGCAGGCUGGCAUCUCCACUCAGCCUUGGUCAUCUCCAGGGAGAGUGGGAAUCAGAGGAACCAGGCGCUUGCACUGGCCAACCUGGGCUGCCUGGCACUGGAUGUGGGGGCGUCACGGGUGGCACAGCGCUUCCUCGUCAGAUCACUGCACCUUUUUCUUGAGCUUUGGGACAGUCCCACAGAUGAGGAGCAUGUUCAGACCUACCUGUGGCUGGGGCGGAGCUACAAAGACAGGGGGAGGAGACAGGAAACCAGAGCGUGUUAUGAAAUGGGACUGUUAAUUGCACUACAUGCCAGAAACCUGCACAGUCAGAUGGUGGUGGCCAAGGUGCUGAGUCGACUGUACGCUGACAUGCUACUGUACGGUCAGAGUAUCGUUUAUUUUGAGCACUGUGUGUCGGUAUCCAGAGAUCUCAAGGACAAGAGAUUAGAGGGAGAGUACCUGGAAAUCCUCAGCAGCCUCUACCUCACACUCAACACUGAGAGGUCUUCUCGUAAGUCUCUGGACUACACCAAGCAGAGUCUGAGGAUUUCCAUUGAUUUGGGGAAGAGGGAGGAAGAGUCAGAGACGUGGUUACAAGUGGGACGCAUAUAUUACCUCAUCCAGGAGGACGAGCUGGCGGACAUGUACCUGCAGGCAGCAGUGAAGACAGCAUUGAGGAUGAAUGAUUCUCACUUUGCCAUGAGCAUCUAUGAAGAGGCAGGGGACGUCUACUUCAGAGGCCACAGGAAUCAGAUGUCUUCUUUGCCUUUCUUCAGGGAUGGCAGUCUGCCAUUUGCACGCUGCAUCAAGGACGUCCACUCAGAGUUUCGUUUGUUGAGUAAAUUGACAGAGCUGUUGAUGAACCACGGUGAGCUGGAGGAGGCUCUGCAGUACGCACCACUGGCUGUUGAGAUUGCCGCCAAAACAGCUGUGCAGGUGAACGAGAGGACAGCGUACCACAGACUGGCGACAGUUUACUACAGACUGCAGCAGUACGAGAUGGCAGAAAACUACUACCUCAAGUGCCUGUCCCUCUGUCCCCCGCUCCUGCAGCACCCAAAAGAGUCUCGCUACUACACCAAGGUCUACUGCAGACUAGGAAAUAUCACCCUACACAAACUGAAGGAUGCGUUUGAUGCAGUGGGCUACUUCCACUUGGCCCUGGCAGCAGCCCUGGAGGACCAAUCUCACCCUGAGGCUCUGUAUGUGGUGUACAUGAAGCUGGCAGAAAUCCACGGCAACCACAUGCCCGAUGCUCACCUGUGCCAGGUUUACAGGGACAGAGCCCAGAGUCUGAGGAGAGUUCUGGCUGGAGAGGACGACCCAGACCCAGAGCUCAACCUGCAGAGGGAACAGCACUCAGAUGUUGAAAUGGCACAUACAGACAGUUUGUUUAAGAGCACUGAUUCCAUACCUGAAGAUGAAGAUUACAAAGGUGAGUCAAGUCCAAGAACAUGUGUGAGGCCUGUUCCCGCAAAGGACGGCUGUGGAGACACUGAUCCUGGAAAUGCUCAUGGAAAAGAAGACCACCAUCACUAUCUUCCUGACACAGAUGGCGCUUGCGGGGAUAGAUGCGAGACGGACACCAUCACCAGUCAAUCGUACAGUGACAGUAUUUUCACUGAGUCCUUUGAUACGGCAAAGGAGCAGAUGUCGGACACCAGCAGCUCCACUGACACUUCGCAAACUUACCAGAACCCAACUGAGGGGGCUGACCCAGACUUUGACACUGACCACAACAUGUCCACCCAAGUACCUGUCCACCCCACCAACGAUAUCACAGGAGACACAGAUGUUAGAGACACUGAUUCUCAUAAAGCAAAGGACGCUCGUGCAGAUCCUAUAGAAGAAGACGUCAGUCUGGAGGACAGUCGGCCUGAGCUUGACCACAGAGAGGCUGUUGGACUACAUCCAGACAAGACUGUUAGUGUAGACAACGCUUGUGACUGCACAGAGACACAUGAAUCUGAGACGAGAGACACAGGGUGAGCACGAGGACUUGGACCAUGUAUACAUGCAGUUGCACUUUCUGUUCUUCACUGACAUUUCCCUUGUCUGGUCACAUGUUUCCUGACCGGCAAACUGAUUGCAACGUUCCAGUCACAUGGCACUUAUUGGAAGAAAAAAAAAAAAAUGAUGUCAAUACUGUAAAAAUAGUAUACUCGAUUAAAAAGCAUGUGCCUUUUGUGUAAGAUAUUCUGUGGUUAUAACACUUGUUUAUAAAUUCUUGUAUCUCUGGAAGAUAUGGCACACACAUAAAGACGGUUAUUUUGUUUAUGUAUAUUGUUUAUUUUGUGCUUUUUUAAAAAAAUUUAAAUAAUAGUUGGCUUUGCCAAAAUGCAUAUAAAGAGCCCAGAAACAAAGAAAGCAGAUUUCAAUAAUAUUGUCAACUCAAUAAAUAGUAUAUGAGCUCA